AUGGAAGAUAAUAUAAAUGCUGAUAGAAUAUUGCGGUUACGAGGUUAUCCUUAUUCUGCUACAGAAACUGAUUUUAUAAAAUUUUUUGAACCUCUUAAAAUUGUGAAUGUUAUUUUUCCUAUAACAAGUGGUAAACGUCCACAGGGAGAAUGUUAUGUAGUAUUUGAAAAUAAAGAUGAUGCUGAAAAAGGAUUGCUAAAACAUAAAAAUACAAUAGGACAUCGAUAUAUUGAAAUAUUCAAGACAGAUGAAGUUGAAGUAAAAAAUAUGGAAAGUAAUAAUAAAGCAUAUGAGGAACAAUUAAAUCGUGGAAGGUAUUUAUUGAAUGAAAUGAAGAAUUGCGUAAAACUUCGUGGUCUACCAUUUUCAGUGACAAAAGGUGAUGUAAAAAACUUUUUUAAAGGUUUAAAAGUGCUUGAAAUAAUUUUUGAAAAAGAUCCAAGAAAAGGAGGUAGAUUGACAGGUGAGGGUAUGGUAUCUUUUGCCACGAGUGAUGAUGUCACUGCAGCACUUAACAGAGACAGACAAAAUAUAGGAAGCAGAUAUAUUGAAGUAUUUAGAGGUGAUUUUAAUCAAUUUAUACGUAUGAAAGAGGGAAAAAGUACGCCUCAAUUUACACCCCCUUUACGAUCUGGUCAAGGAAGUUUUUUUAAUACAAAUAAUGAUUAUGGAUCAUUUUAUAGGGGCAGUGGUGGUCCAUCAUUUUUUCAUGGACCUUAUGAUAGGAUGACUGGAAGACCAGGUCAUAUAAAAAAUCAAACAUUUUCACCACAAAAUUCUAGUGGUUUUUGUCCACAAUUUCGAUACUCAAAUGAUAAUUCUUUCUUUAACAAUUCUUAUUGUACGAAUAUUAAUUCAUCAAAUAAUUUUGAAGAUGGAUAUCAUCAUCAGGAUAUCCCUGGAAAAUUGAUGAAUAAAAAUAAACUUCAGUUAAGGGGUAUACCAUUUAGUGUUAAUGUUAAGCAUCUUCAAGAAUUUUUUAAACCUAUUCAUAUUGAAUCUAUUAGUAUGGGUUAUCAUGAAAACGGGAAAUUAACAGGUGAUUGUAUUGUAGAGUUUGAAGAUAGUGAUUCAGCACUAGAAGGGAUGAAAAAAAAUGGUUUACAUAUGGGUACAAGGUAUAUUGAAAUUUUUAAUCAUGAAAAUGCUAGGUUGACAAAAGGUGCUAAAUAUGAAAUAAUUUAUAGUGAUAAAAAUUUAUCUAAAAAUGGUUCAAAUGUUAAAACGAAACGUGAAUCUAGUAAUGAAGAAGCAAAUGAAUCGUUGUGUACUCCGGUGAAAAGAUUAAUUUCAAAAUUACCAAACAAUAAAAAAAGAAAAUAUCCAACAGAAAUUGAAAGUCGCGAAAUGCCCCCGUUUUAUAACAAACCACCGUGUAAUAAUUUUUAUGGACAAUCGAUUUCAUAUGGAUACUACCAUAAGUCUCCAGAAUAUUUUUUUGAUAGCCACAAACGUACAAAGUAUUUCUAA